AUGACAGUCAAUGCUGGUGCUCGGACUUUCGGCCUGGCCGGUGGUAACCGAACACCCACACAAAAACGCAAAAAAUCAACGGUGAUACCAAUUAGGUCGAUAACUGUAACAGGACAUGUCUUGGCUAUCAAAGUCAGUAGCGGGAUCAUACAUCGCAGCUUCACCGUCGUUGUAAAUUGUCUAUGUUUUCUAUUCCAUUUCUUCAAGGAGUCCCCUGUCUCAAUAACAGCGUGUAUCGAUCAUUUCGAUAUCAAGCUCUAA